CUUCACCCUCACCCACACCAGGCGGCGCCGUCUGCUAUUAUUUAAGUCAUCUCCAACCCCCAGACUUCGCCAAAGCACUCAUCUGUCCCACCCCAGCACAUCCCACGUCGACAACCCGCUGAAGGCCCUCAGGAGAGACAAAGCGCAGUCUGAUCAAGUGAGGGCACAACCACCUGCUUGGUUGCUGUAGCACGCAUGUCAAACCAGUCGAUUCUCCGAAUCACUCGCGAAUUGAGCGAGAUCCAGCGUGGAUCAGAUCUAUCCCUAGCAGUCGCGUGCCGUGACAUUGACGUCCGACAUGUACGAGCCUUGAUCAUCGGCCCCCCUGACACGCCCUACGAAUUCGGCUUCUUCGAGUUUGCCGUCAAGUUCACCCGGGAAUACCCUACCAAAGCACCACAAGUGAAUGCCAUAACUACAAAUGGCGGACGGACGAGGUUCAAUCCGAACAUUUACGCGGGGGGUAGAGUAUGCUUGUCAAUCCUUGGCACAUGGCGCGGCGAGCGAGGAGAGGAGUGGUCAUCCGCUCAGGGUCUCGAAUCGAUUCUUAUCUCCAUCCAGAGCCUGAUGUCUUCGAACCCAUAUGAGAACGAGCCAGGAUUCGAGGACGCCAAUUCCGACUACGACAAGAAGAACCAGGAGGCCUACGUCGCCAAGAUCCGACACGAGGCAUUGCGGAUCUCAGUCAUUGAGCGCCUCGAAGACUAUCUCGGCAUCGAUAGGGGGAAGGCGCCGGGAGUAACAGUGUACAAUGCAGAAGAGGACUAUCAAUCCGGCGCGGCUGACGCUCCCUUCGAGCCCUUCAAGGACCUCUGCAAGCGGCGGUUCCUCUGGUACUACGAGUCGUAUAUGGGCAGUAUUGAGCGAGAGAUGAAGAAGCACAAGGAUGGCGAUCGGUUCGAGAAGAUGCCGUUCGAGGGUCCCGGAAAUAGCAUGGACGGGAGCUUCCAGUAUUCGUCGCUGAAGCAACGCAUGCAGACCAUAUUUGAGAAGCUCAACGAGGAAGCGGUUGGUUGGGCUGCUGAAGGAAUGGUUGCAGUGCAGAAGGAGAUGAGUAUUGCGAGCAACCUGCAGCGGCAAUUCGAACAGAUCGUCGAGAACUACAAGAAGAACGACGCCGUUACGCUCGAUCUGGAUCUCGUCGACAAGAAUCCGUUUGUUUGGCGCCUUGUUCUGUUCGGUCGGCCAAUGACAAACCUAGAUGGUGGCAUGUUCCGCAUCAUGCUCUAUCUGAGCCCAAAGUUCCCCGAUGUGCUUCCGCGUGUCAGGUUUGAGACGCCCAUAUUCCAUCACCGUGUCUCACCGACCGGAAUCCUCUGCUACGACGCCGUCCGGAAAGACGACAUGCGAUCACAUAUUGAGGCCAUCAUCGAGGCUAUCGAAGAAGAAUCGCCAGCGUAUGACCCUAGGACUCUCGUCAACCCCGAGGCUGCCAAGCUAUUUUGGGGCACACCUGACGAGAAAAAGAUGUACAAUCGCCGGCUCAGGAGGUCGGUUCAAGACAGCGCUGAAAACUGCUUCUAGGCACAGCUCUCCCUUAGCCUGCUGAGCAGCAUACACGAAGAUAUGUCACUUUCAAUGAAUAGAAUGAGGGUUGAUACCCGGAUCCUAUCACCUACGGGGUCCACGGCUAUGCACGGUAGGAGUUCGGGUCCCAUUUCGGUCAUGAUAGCAUAAGCACGAAGCGUGGCGUUGGUCUGAAAAUUAAAUUCAAUAUACGUACUAGCUCCUCCAAUACCCAAAAUGAUCGGU